GGUGCUCUAUGAAGGUAAGGAGCGUCUCAUCCAGGGGUGUGAGGUCAUCCAGGCAACACCAUAUGGACGCUGCGCGAAUGUCAACAACAGCUCUGCAACCUCGCAGCGCAUCUUCAUCACCUUCCGCCGAGCACCACCCGUCCAGCCGCAGAAUUCGCUGGCCGUGACGGACAUUUGUGUCAUCGUCACCAGCAAAGGCGAGACGCCGCCGCACACCUUCUGCAAAGUGGACAAGAACCUCAACUGCGGCAUGUGGGGCUCCAGCGUGUUCCUGUGUUACAAGAAGUCGGUGUCUGCGUCAAAUUCCAUCAGUUACAAAGCCG